GGAAAACAUUACGUAAGCGUUGUUGUGUCAUGUGACGUUGUGACGUGGGCGUGUCCUAGCUCCGUUUUCCGGAAACAUGGAGGCUGUUCUGAGUGAUGUUGUAGCUCCUGAGGACCUCAAAAAAUUCGAGAAGAAGUACAACAACGAGCAGCUGAAGGGAUCUGUUUCUAAGGAAACAAAGUUUGAGUAUGCUUGGUGUUUAAUCAGGAGUAAAUACACAGACGACAUCAAGAAGGGAGUGUUGCUCUUAGAGGAACUUGUCCACAAAUCGUCAAAGGACGACUCCCGGGACUAUCUGUUCUACCUUGCAGUGGCCAACUACAGACUCAAAGAAUAUGAAAAAGCCUUGAAGUACAUCCGGACUCUCCUGAGGAACGAGCCGGGGAACAAGCAGGCUCUGGAGCUGGAGAAGCUCAUCGACAAGGCUUUGAAGAAAGACGGCUUGGUCGGCAUGGCGAUUGUUGGGGGAAUCGGACUGGGCGUGGCAGGCUUGGCGGGUCUGAUCGGCUUGGCGGUGUCAAAGGGAGCAGCGAAAUCCUAACCUGGAUAAGAAAUGUGUUCUGGACUUAUACGUUGACCUCCAUUAAGAAAAACAAAUAACCAAGUGCUAAAAAGAGGUUUGUUUGAAGUUGAAUUUGUGCUGCGACACAUUUACAGCAAAUAAUGGUUGGAAAAAAAUGUUUCAUACUUUAACAGGGUUGAAAAUCACACUUUCUUCUGUUCACAUAUUAAAGCAUGUCAGUCUCUAGCUACUUAUCUUACUUCAAUUGAAUAGGUUGCCAUUUGCUUUCUGUAUGUAUUUCUAAGAAUGUACAGGUUUGUUUCAUUGUUUAUGGAUAAAGGAAAGCGUUACUGAUGCUGUGUGAACAAUAGGAGGUAACAUGAAGAGAUACUGGCUUAAUGUCUGCAGGGAAGUUCAGCUCAAAGCAGUGAACAUUUAAUCCAGACAUGCUCUUUUUUUGUUUAUUAAGAAUAAGAACUAAUAGAAUUUACACAUUUACUCAUGUUAAAAGCUUUCCUGAUAUUUACUAUGUUUAAUUAUUUUACAUCUUGGUAAAUAAAACGACUGCGAGAAUA